AUGGAGCAGCAACACGAGUCCAACAUGCCCUAUGAAAAGGUCUUGAAUAACACGGUCGAGGCCCCCGGAGUUGAUCUUGGGCAGAUUCUUGCUGCCACAUCCAUGCCCGAGGAAGAGCAAAGAGUACUCCGGAAGCUCGAUUUUAUUCUGGUCCCAUUGAUGGGAUGCGCCUACUUCCUCCAAUUUCUCUACAAACUGGCGCUCAGUCAGACAACACUGUUCAACCUUCGACAAGACUUGGUAUGGGCCCUUCCAGUGAUCGACUUGAAGAUGGGCAUUGAAGCAGCCAUGUCGGGGGAGAACCGCCCCAGGGAUAGGCUCUAUGGGCACCCGGAAGAGAACAUUGUUGGGCAGGAGCUGCCAGAUGAGCUCUCAAACAAAACAGAUCGCCAGCUUGAUAGCUUCCGUUAUAUUCUAUAA